AUGGAAAACCCAUACGAAUUAUACGAAAAAGAGGAAUUAUAUGAAACGACCAAAUGUAAAUUCGGAAUUAAAAGGAUAACUUCAUGCGCUGAUGAAUACGGUAGGCAACGCUGUGUUUUAUCUAGCAAAAUUAUCUAGAUUGAUAUAUUUUUAUCUAACUUGAAUUUACUAAAAAAGUUAUUGAGGAUAAUAAUUGAAUCAACUAGAUUAAUAUUUUUAAAUAUAUAUAAUUCUAAGAAAUAAUAGGUAAAAUUAAUAUUAAUUUAUGGUUAAUUAUAAAGUAAAUACAACUAUAAUGAAAUCAAUAUGUGAACCAAAUUUAGUACACACUAACAACAAUUAGCAAUUCAUUUUAUGGUAGGCAAUUCUUUUUUAAUCUAUAAAAAAAAGAAAUAUUUAUUUAAACUUAAAAUUCAACUAUUUUUUUCAUUGUCGUAUCGCUUUCCUUAUCCUGAAACAAACUAAUCAUAAGUCUAUUCUUAAAAUUAAUAAUUUAGAAAUAAAAAAAUGAAUGUAUUACAGAAAACGAAGAAAUAUUUACGAUAGCUGCGAAAAGAUAUUCAAAAGAUGUCACAAACUCCAAUCAUUUUCAAUGUAUAUCCAUUCGGUAAUUAUGUAAUAUAAAUAAGGUUUUUUUUAAAAAAAAUCCAAAUAUUUGGUUAGAAAAAAUGUAUAGUCAAAAUAUUAUUCAUUGAAUAACAAAAUAAACACUUGCUUUCGAUUUUGAGUGUACAAAUCAGAGAAAAAUUAAAAACAACAUAUAUCAAUAUAAUUAUUAACAUCAUAAUUGCUAUGUAUUAACAUUGUUAUCACAUUAUAAACAUAGUUUUAGGCAAUGCUUCAAAAUUGAUAGAUAAUAAACAAUCAUCUUCGUCGUCUUUGGCGUGUCUCAAUGGAGGUAUUGUGUACAAAGACACAUGUUUGUGUCCCCCCGGUUUUAAAGGGAAUAAAUGCGACUACGGUAAACAAUUUUGAAAAUAAAAUUAUUCGACAUAAUAUAAAUAUUUACAAUGUAAUAUAUUAACACCCGAAACGAUUCAGCUUGUGGACCAAACACAUUUGGCGCCGAUUGUUCCGGAAUGUGUUCGAUGCAUCAAACGCAAUGCCAACAGAAGAAACUGUGCACCAAUAGUUUCGGGUGCACGUGUCCGGCUGGUUACACAGGCAAAUAUUGUGAAACAAGUAAAUCAUCAUUAUAAUAUUUUAUGUAAACGUAACACAUGACAAGCCAAUGUGUAUAUUAAUAAUCGUUUUGUAGAAUGUACGAAAGGAACUUAUGGUGUCGAUUGUAAUCAAAAAUGUCCCGACACAUACAAUGCCGGAGCUUGUGAUAUUUACACCGAUGCUUGCAAACCGAGUUAUAUUUCACCAAACUGUGCAGAGAGUAAAACAAUUAAUAUAAAAAAAACAUAUUUUUAUAAAAAAAAUAAUUCAUGUUACGGUUAUAUUUGACAAGAGUUCAGUAAUAAUAUAGUACGUAAUAAAUAACGAUACAUAAAUUAUAAUUUACGCAUAGGAUGUCCCAGGAUGAUCCUUCAAGGGCCUACACUCCAUAGUUCGAAAAUUAUUAAAUUAUUUCAAAUCACUUUUGAACACUAAGAAACAAGCUACUCAAAAAUAUUACAUUUAUUUUAUUUUUAUGGGUAAAAUGAUUAGCUACUUUUGAUUUUCAAAUAGCACUUGAAUAUUAAAAAUAAUAUAAAUAUAUGGAGUUUAAAUACAUUUUGGUAACAUUUUUUUUUUCAUUUUCGUCAGUCCGUUGAUGAGAUAUUCCUGCACUUUCAAGUAUGGGUGAGUUUUAACUCUCCUAAUAGUAGUGAAACACUAUACAAACGCUGACAUAUAUUAGAACUAAUACUUCAUCUAUUUAUAGAAUUUUGUAUAAUACGAGUAUACGAGUACGAGUACUGUUUUAAAAUAAAAAGUAAGUAGUGUUUCUUCCCAAAAAUAUAUAAUGACAAUAAAUAAUGGUAAUGCAACAUUUUAGAGCUGCUCGUAUCUUAGAUUUUCAAAAAAGUAUCUGAAAAAAAGUCAAUACUUUUAAAAAUAUCGAGUGUAGCUAUUUGGAUUAAUCCAUUUAGAUCACUCUGUAGUUUUUUACCUAUUAUAUAAGUAACCUACAUCAUAUUUUUCAUUUAACUACUUUUUUUUUUAUAUAUACUUAUUUCGAUUCGGUAAAUAAUAAUAAAAAUUAUGUUGUUAAACUUACCAAUAAUAUUCCAAACACUACAAAAUCGAUAUUGUAGGUAAGAUUAACUUAUUUACGAUACAUACCUGAAAAAAAAAACAAUAUAGAUUAUUAUAAAAUUUAUGAUAAAUUAUAAAUAUAUAACAUUAAAAUAAAGUGUUUUAAUUUUUUAAAAAUGCAAUAAAUUCCACAAAUUGAGUAUAAGUAAUUAGAUAAAAUUUGGUAGAUAGUAAUGGUGGAUAAAGAACGUAAUUUUAUAUAUAUAUAUAUAUAUUUUUUUUUUCAGGAGUGUAAGCAAAAUUAUUUACAAAAAUGAAAUAUGAUAUAUACUUAUAAUAAUAAAAUAAAAUUCAAACUAAAUUACAGUGUUUGGGUAGGUAGGGACAAACCAUCCCCCCCCCCAAAUCCACCAUUGGUAGAAAGAUAAUUGAUCGAAUUCAAAUAAUUUUUGUUUUUUUUUUUUUAAUUACAGAAAUCUUCUUAAAUAAAGUAAUAUUCAGGUGUAUGAUGAAAACAAAAUUUGUUACAGCAGGGGGAGUUUUUGAAAAUGAAUACGAAAUCUUAAAAUAAUAAAAAAGAAAAAUUAAAAUAGUAUGUUUAUAAAACGAAUUAUAAAAGAAAAUUGUUCAUAAACAUUUCUCUAGUAAAACAUCAAAAUUGAAUAAGAAUACUAGCAGUAAAUGAAAAUAUGCAUACAUCAUUUAAUCAUGGAUUAGAUGAUCAAGAAUUAAUGUGCGAUCGUGAUUCUUUGUUUGAUUAUAAUUUAUUUCAUAUUUUCACGAAAGUGCCCUUUGCUUAAAUAUGAGUACGUUAUCAUUUACCAGAGUCUUUUUAAAUUAUUUUAUAAUAUCGAAUGAUAUAACACAGAAAAUGCAAAGUUGAGCAAGGCAGGAUUUAAAGUCGUUGGACUUUUAAAGUCAUUUCUUGAAGGAUUUUGAUUUUGGGUUUUCAAUAUCAUAUUUUGUUGAGGAUUUUAGACCUUAAUUUUCAAAAUCUUAUGAAAAUCUUUUAAAGACCCCGUUUUACGUUGAGAUCAACGUUGUAAAUAAUUAGAGCUAUAGUUGAAAUCAAUAGAUAGCCCUUAACCAACAUUUCACCAAUUAUUUUCGCACGAAAAUUGCACUAUAAAAAAUUAUAUCACUUGUAUUUAUUAUAAAGUCAUAACAAACGAAAAUAAUAUAUUACUAUUAUUUUUAAUAAAAUUACUAUAGGGUUUGUUAAAAUAAAAAACAGUAACGCUCAACUACUAAUCAACCAAAGUUCGGUGUUAAUAACUUGGGACGUUGAUGACGACACGAAAUACGAAACUCCAUACAUUGUAAAGUACAGGGUAAUUGCAUUUGAUGUUCACAUGUACUAUUUUUUUGUUUUGAAUUUUCAGUUUAACACAGAAUUCACAUCAAUUUCACUUACCCGCGGAUAA